AUGAAUUUGAGAAUUGUUUCAUGGAAUGUGAGAGGGUUGAAUGAGCAGGAUGAGAGACUUCAGGUCAGAAAUUUGAUCCGUAAGUGGAAAGUAGAUGCUGUUUAUCUACAAGAAACUAAGAUGGAGUUUAUUAAUAGAGGUGUCAUUUGUAGUUUGUGGGGAGGUCAACAUGUAGAUUGGCUUUACUUAGGCUCUUUGGGUGCUUCAGGUGGGGUUUUAUUGAUGUGGGACAACAGGGUUGUGGAUAAGGUAGAGAAAGCAGUGGAUCGUUUCUCUGUCUCUUGUAAAUUCAAAAAUAUGGUGGAUCAUUUUGUUUGGGCUUUCACUGGUGUUUAUGGUCCCAAUAGUGAUAGAGACAGAAGUUCUGCAAAUUUCACUUUAGCUAUACAUCAGUUUUUAGCUUUUAUCUCUGAGCAAAUCCUUAUUGACUUGCCUUUGGUUGGGGGGAGUUUCACUUGGUCUAAUUCUAGAGAGGUUGCUUCAAGAUCUAGAUUGGAUAGGUUUCUAGUGUCAACAGAUUGGGAGGAGAAAUUUCCAUCUGUUUGUCAACGCCAUCUAUCUAGGUUGCUUUUGGAUCAUUUUCCUAUCCUUCUUGAGGGUAGGAAUUUACAUGGAGACAAAAAACCUUUUAGGUUUGAGAACAUAUGGUUAAAGGACGAGGGAUUCUUGGAAAGGUUGAGUUCAUGGUGGGAGUCCUAUUAUUUCCAAGGAACUCCUAGUUUUGCUUUGGCUAACAAACUGAAGUUGUUGAAAUUGGAUUUAAAAAGAUGGAAUGUGGAGGAGUUCGGCAAUAUGGGUCUGCAGUAUUUAUGGAAGGAGUUUAAUGCGUUGGAAGUUAUCGAAGAUGACCAAGUUCUUUUAGCGGAGGAAAAUAAUGAUAAGGAUCGAAUUCGUGGAGAGCUAGAAAAAACAACUUUGUUGGAAGAAAUUUGCUGGAGGCAGAAAUCUAGGGCUCUUUUUCUUAGAGAGGGAGAUAGGAACACAAAAAAUUUUCAUCGUAUUGCAAAUUCGCAUACAAGACACAAUACUAUUGAUAGGCUUAUGGUGGAUGGAGAGCUAGCUACAGAUCAAGGGAUCAUUGAGUGGUGCAUUAGUCAUUUCUAUAGGCAGUUGUACACAGAGAAUGAGGUCCACAGACCUCUUUUGGAUGAGGUUUUUCUAGAAUUUCUGAGGAAGAUGCCACUUGGUUGGACAGACCUUUUGAUGAGGAAGAAGUAUUUGGAGUGGUCCAAGAUUUCAAUGGUGAUAAAGCGCCAGGUCCAGAUGGUUUUACAAUGGCAUUUUUCCAGUCUUGUUGGUGCUUGGUGA